AAGCGAUUUUUCGUGGUUGAAGACGUCAAUCAAAUUGGUCCCCACCCGAGAUCGCAUUUGCAUUCGCGGAACCCAAGACCACAAUUGAAUGACCUUUAUUCUCUCAAACAAAUUAAAACUCUCUCUAACGCACCGAUUCCAUGCUCUCCUCCUCCCACCCUUAGCUGCACCUCGCAACGUGCCCUGAGGACUCGUCGUCGUGGAACUGAGUCGGACGUGGACGGCGAGCAAUCCAGGGUUUCACAGGUGCACGCGGCCAUUUCGUUUGUCGCAAUUUGGUCUUGUCUGUAUCGCAGGCGCAUCCAAAUUGGUCCCCGCGAGGUUGCACUGUUGACAAUCUAACUGUGGCGCGGUUGUUUGGGGUCGCAAUUGAGAAACGAGGGCAGCAGGGAGACGACGGGGGAUUGAGUGGUGGCAGUGAUUGUUGAGCUUGUUGUGUAGGGCAAAUAUUACAAUAGGUGAUUUAUGCACUAAAGGGAAAGCGACUUGUAAUUUCGGCGUGGUUAUCCGGUGCGUCAUCUUGAGUCGACGACUGCCGAGAGAAUCGCUUUUCCGUUCUUGGAAAUAGAACUCUGGUUGCGGUGGGCUGUUUGAGGUGAUAAAGUGAAGUGGUAGAAGAUGGUAUGAGCGCUAGAGUUCUCACGCCACGAAGGAGAGCUCGGAAAAGUAGCAAAUUGAAGGAGUUGUGGUGGGUGGAGGAUAAGCUGUGAAGUCCAAUUAGCGGAGGUGGCAAAUAGAUAGGCGUUUCAGGUUUGCAACAUCUUGUGCUUUCGUGGGCUAGGUGUUGUAGUGGAAGAGAAGAGGAGUCAGCAUGGACGGCGAGUUUUGGGCUUCUCGGAUGUCUCCUUCGAAGCGCCAUCACACAUUUCAGCCACCUCAAACAAUUUUAGAUCGUCAGGUUAACUUAGAUGAUGUGGACGGUGAUGAAGACAUGCGAGCUGAAUUCUCGUGCCCUUACUGCUAUGAAGAGUUUGAUAUCGCUGCCCUCUGCUCACAUCUUGAGGAGGAACAUUGUUUUGAAUCUAGAGCUGGUAUGUGUCCAGUAUGCUCUGCAAAGAUUGCGAAGGACAUGGUGGGCCACAUUUCGUUGCAGCAUAGCCAGUUGUUUAAGAUGCAACGUCGAAGGAGAUUCAGGAGAGCUGGAAUCCCAUCAAAUGCUGCUCUUUCACUUUUUGGAAAGGAGAUUCGCGAAGCGCACUUGCAGGCGCUUCUAGGUGGAACAUCUCGGUCAUCUGCCCCGUCAAGUGCUACCGAUGUACUCCUUUCGUCUCUGGUAUAUAAUAUUUCUGUAACCGAGACCGAAGAUCCCCCCAAACCUGCAGUGGUGGUCGUGGAGCAACCAGUAAAGUCAUCUUCUCUGAGUCAACAGCCUAAGACCAGUGUCGAUAAUUUGCUUACUGCGGAAGAGCGGGAUGAGAAGCGAAAGCAUGCUAAUCUGCGUGCUAUGUUUGCACAACAGCUUGUUCUAUCUACUCUACUGGGUGACAACUGAUUACUUGGUCGAUUUGCAUUUAUUCGCUGCUACAGGAUAAUUUCCAGGAAGGUUUUAUAUUAAGAGCUGCAUUGUACAGCUUUUUAAACUUCCUGCCUAAUCCAUUCCUUGGGGAGCUGAAAGGCAUCCUGUAUGAUCAUCCUUCGCCAGGAGACCCGAUCGCAUUAUCUUAGGGCUUGUAUAGCUUAGCACAAUGUUUUAGAUCGCUGAAGAUCUGGGAUGUUAGCUCAAGACUGCAGAUUCUUGGAUUCCUGGAUGCAGAUCAUUCUUGUUGUGCUCUUAUAAGGUCCUAAUGACGGGACCUAGAGAUUGUAGUAUUGUACCGAAUUUUAUGACUGUAUUGCUGCCUACGUGGAGGCACUUUCUGAAGUGUGAUACUCGUAGCUGUCUCUCAACUGCACUGCAUGUCGUA